CAUCCACAUCUCACAGAUGUGCCAGACAUUUGGAGACUUAAAAACACUAAGAUAAUUGUGUUUGGAUUUUCAACACCACUGCAAGGUGAAACAUAACUUCUAUCCAACAGGCACCUUCUUUGAUACAAUUUUGGAACCUUAUUUUUGCUGCUUUAGGCUGUGGUGAUCAACUCAUUCAUAUUCCUCCAAAGAAAAAGUGUUUCCUCAAUGAGCACUUGAGGAGACGAUACAAGAUGACCAUCCACGUCGAGGGUGUGGUGGCCAUUGUGGUUUUUUAUCUGGUGAUUCUCUUCGUGGGUAUUUGGGCGGCAUGGAAAAACAAGAACUCCGGCGUGGGCGAUGGCGGGGACCGAAGCGAGAGCAUCAUGGUCGGCGGCCGGGACAUUGGCUUGUUUGUGGGUGUAUUCACAAUGACAGCUACUUGGGUGGGUGGGGGCUACAUCAAUGGGACAGCAGAAUAUGUCUACUUGCCUGACUAUGGCUUGGCUUGGGCCCAAGCACCCUUUGGCUACGCUCUCAGCCUGGUACUAGGUGGCCUUUUCUUUGCCAAACCCAUGCGCUCCCGUGGUUAUGUCACCAUGCUGGAUCCUUUCCAACAGCUCUACGGAAAGAGGAUGGGGGGUCUUCUUUUCAUCCCCGCUGUCAUGGGUGAAAUUUUCUGGUCUGCAGCCAUUUUAUCUGCCUUGGGAGCUACUCUGAGCGUGAUCGUGGACAUAAACAUCAACAUGUCAGUGGUGAUUUCAGCCCUGAUUGCUAUCUUCUACACUCUUGUGGGAGGACUCUACUCUGUUGCCUACACUGAUGUGGUUCAACUCUUCUGCAUCUUUGUGGGUUUGUGGAUCAGUGUGCCUUUUGCAUUAUCCAACCCUGCCGUGUCAGACAUCAGCGUGACAGCCAGGGAGGCAAUCCAUCAGUCACCCUGGCUAGGGAAGAUUGAACCUGCAGACAAAUGGCUCUGGGCAGAUAAUUUCUGUUUGCUGAUGUUGGGGGGGAUUCCCUGGCAGGUCUAUUUUCAACGGGUUCUUUCUGCCUCUUCAGCUACCUACGCCCAGGUCCUUUCCUUCCUCGCUGCCUUCGGCUGUUUGGUCAUGGCGGUACCCUCUAUCCUCAUAGGAGCUAUAGGGGCAUCCACUGACUGGAACCAGACUUCUUACGGGGCCCUCCCUCCAAAGGAUAAAGACGAGUCCGACAUGAUCCUUCCCAUUGUGCUUCAGCACCUCUGCCCGUCUUACGUCUCCUUCUUUGGCCUGGGGGCAGUGUCGGCUGCCGUCAUGUCAUCCGCAGAUUCCUCCAUUCUCUCGGCCAGCUCCAUGUUUGCCAGGAACAUCUAUCAGCUCGCCUUUCGACAGUCGGCCUCGGAUCGUGAGAUUGUCUGGGUGAUGCGUCUCACUAUCUUCGUUUUCGGAGCCCUCGCCACCGCCAUGGCUUUGUUAACAGGAACCGUGUACGGCCUGUGGUACCUGAGCUCGGAUCUGGUCUACGUCAUUGUCUUUCCCCAACUUCUUAGUGUCCUAUUUGUCAAAGGAACAAAUACCUACGGCUCAGUGGCUGCCUAUGUCUUUGGUCUUUUGCUACGAAUUGGCGGAGGUGAACCCUAUUUGAAACUUCCUCCUUUCAUCUAUUAUCCUGGAUGGGUGAUCCAGGAGAAGAUCCACCACCUCACUGGUGAUGUAGAGUAUUUUGUCCAGCAGAGAUUUCCAUUCAAGACAGUGUCCAUGGUGGCAUCCUUUUUGGCAAACGUGGUAUUUUCCUACCUGACAAAGUAUAUAUUCGAGAGCGGUACGCUGUCACACAAGUACGACUUCUUUGACGCUGUGGUCUCCAAGCACAGCAAGGAGAUCAUGGACAAGGCCACACUGGUGAGCCAUGAUAAUAUCAUCCUCUCAGAGAUGGCGCCCGUCAAACAAGCACUGGGUGCAUCCCUCGCAGCGACCUUCACCAACAGAGAGGCCCUAAGUAAUGAUGACGUGUCGAGUCCUGAGGAGUUUCAAGAUGAAAACUAGAUGAAAACUAAAAGGGACACAAAAAAUAAUAAGAACAAAUAAAUCACUACUGCCAUACUAGGAGUCAAAGCAGUGGAGCUCUGCAAUGGCUUCCAAGUGAACCUACAUAUUUUAUUUGAUGUUAAUGAUGUUAAAAGAGGUUCCCAAAGUCAAGAAUAUUCCCAAGACUAAUUCCAGGUCGGAUGCUUCAAAGGCAAGACUGGAUAUCGGACAUUGGAACAAACUUCUGGGUCAACGGUUCCAAUGGUGAAAUGGCCAAUUUCAGUGCAAAUGAUGGGUGUUGUUUUGCUGUCUGUAAUCCUAUUGUGUCUGGCAGCGAAUAUUCCAUGGGCCAAAAUGUAUUGUCCAAACGGAAUGUUCAGUUUUCUCCUCAUAAGCCCAAGCUUCUAGUGUGGUGGCUACCAACCAUGAAGGAUCCCUCCUUGACUUUGAAAGUAUCUGAUGCCUCCUUCGUUUGGGAUAUUCCUUGCCUAGAACCUGAGAUUUGAUUGUUGACCAGUUGAGUCAAGUAUAAAGGUUAUGUUUUCAAGGAAUAUUCCCACUAAAAUCAUAUUUAAGUGCCACAACAAGUCUAAGGGAUUUAAUGGAGCAUAAUGACGUGCAGUAUUUAUUAUUUUAAUGAUGAGAAUAGUGCAAUACACCGAGGAGUUGUCGUUGUCUAUCAGUAAAUAUAUUUGUUCAUAAGUACUGUAUGUGCAUCAACAGUCAAACGUCUGAGGCACCAUUAGCAAUUUUAUAUUGACUAUACCGUGUACAGUAUAACUAAAAUGCCAAGUGUUAAAGGGGGGGGAAAUGGCAAGUCAUGUUUAUGUUCAUUUGUCUAUCUGCUUGUUAACUAGCAUGCUACUUUCUGAUUCAUGGAGCGCUGGGCUUUUAUGAUUCUGGACGGUGGCAUGUUCUAUUGAUAGACAGAAAAUAAAAUGCUGUACCUGCAGAUUCUGCACCUUUAUCCAUUGCUCCUCAGAAAAUAAAAUGUAACGUAAUUCCUUUUCUGGGUAUUCCUGCGAGAGAAAUUGUAUAACUAUUUCAAAAUGAUUGCUGUGGAAAAGACAAUUACUACAAGAAUGAUAGAGGUGGCCUAUAUCGUUUGUGCAGUACUGUAUAUCAACUUGUCAGAAGUUCUAUUUGCAUAGAGGUUUAUGAAUAGAGCGAUAAAAAUUUUAGUAUCCAUGUGGCACAUAUAUACGUAAUAAUGAGCGUGCAAGUUGUAGCCUCUUUACUUGUGUUCACAAUGUUCUUAAAUUAAUAGGCCAGACAUCACAUUUGCAGUAAAACCUUAUCCACACCUCAUGAGCAAACGCUUAACCAAGUAGAUGAUUAGAUGAGAUUACAUUCAGUUACCAAAUUAAAUGGCUGUUAUUUAACUUUUCUGUAAAAGAAAAAUAAUGUAUAUGAUUGUUUUAGAACGUUUCAUUUUACAAUCAUUGCACUCGUUUAUAAGUGUAACGCCCCGAAUCCAUGUGACACAAAUGUCGUCUGUCAUCAUGACCUAUUGAAGCAGGCUAGCAAAGUGGUUGUACAGACUGUACAAUAUCAGUAAAUGCUCCCAAAUGUCCAAAUAUUGAAAAUAAUUAAGGAAUUAAAAAUUGUUUUAUUAUCCUUCAUUAUAUGCAAUAAUUGGAUAUUGGACUUGUAUCGUGUUUUUUGUUGUUGUUUGUCUGUGUGCUACGAAUUUGCGGAAAAAGCCAUACUGUCAUCCAUUUGUGUCUAUAUGCUGGCCAUGCCAAUAUUUUACUCUCCAACCAGCGUUUAAGUUCAAUAUAUAUUCAGCCGUAUGAUAUAAUAAUAACAUAAUAUAAUAAUACUGCUCAAUUCUCAAUAAAAUACUCCAGUACUGCAAUACUGCAAUACUGCAGCCUACCUCCACAAGUGUUGGGGAUGAAACAGACAAGACAUUUUGUUUCCAAUUGCAGUGUUUGAAAAGGAUGAAAGCAGCAUGAAAGGUUAGGCUGAAAGUUCUAUCAAGGGCCAAAAGCAAAAUAAUGAGAUGAAAUAAUCAUAGAGCACUGUAAAAUUGGAGGGAUGAUGCUCGGAACAUCACAAACAGAUGAUUGUUGGUAAUAUAAAAACAAAAAAAGAUCAUCAUGGCCUUUUGGAUCUUGAUUAUGAACUGAUAUGUUAAUUAUUUCAAUGUCAGAUAUGACCCAUUAAAUGUACCAGAUAGACACUUCUUUCUAUAUGUGUGUCUGUUUGUCAAUGAUACUUUGCUUACCUUCGACCCGUCCGCAGGUUAACUGAGACAGGAAAAGAUUGUUUCUCCUGCAGGAUUGUUUGUCAACACUGGUGAUUAUUGAUUUAGACCGACCAUCAAUUAGUCCUUGGGACACUUGGUUAAUGAUGUGAAAAAAGUAUGGAUCAAGGUUUAUUGUACAGAGUGGUACACGCGAUAAAGUGUUGGAUUUAUUUUUCCAUGAUUAAGCAUCUGUCAUAUUUCAGAGCAGAAAAUGUUUUUUCUUUUAAGGUAACUUCACCAAGUGUUUAUUUUUAUCAUUAUUUUUUUGUAGGUGUUCCCGUUGUCUUACGACACUUAUGUAUUUGUGUCCUGUAUUGAACUUUCUUCUGUGACUAUUGUGGAGCCACUUUAAGCAUGUGGUAGCAGUGACUGGGUUAGAAAUGUGCUCACUUAUUUGGUAACUAAAAAAAAAAAAAA